GAUAACGCGUUUACGUCAUCGCAGGGGUAUAAAAGGCGUUGCAGCCGUUGCCCUGAGUACGUGUUACACAGCUCUCUUGUAGUGAACUCUUCGUGCGGUGCCGUCGUUCUCACCGAGGAAAUCUCAUCCUAUCGUAUGUCCGCUAUCCAGAACCUCCAAUCCUUCGACCCCUUUGCUGAUGCAAGUAAGGGUAAUGACUGGCUCCCCGCGGGCACAGAGGACUCUAUUCAUAUAAGGAUCCAGCAAAGAAACGGCAGGAAGACUCUCACAACCGUCCAAGGCAUAUCUGAUGAGUACGACAAAAAGAAACUAGUGAAAGCCUUCAAGAAGAAAUUUGCUUGCAAUGGUACCGUUGUCGAUCACCCGGAAUACGGAGAGGUGAUCCAGCUUCAGGGUGACCAGAGGAAGAAUGCUUGUCAGUUCCUUGUUGAGGUUGGCCUUGUUAAAGACGACCAACUGAAGGUCCAUGGGUUUUAAUCUACGGCUUCGGUUAAGGACUUCCAUUUGCAAUGAAUAGAGAUUUCAGUGUUCCUCCCUUGUCACAAGUUUAAGACCUCAGGCUUGUGACACGCCGCCUCACUUCCAUGGACUGUAAUAAACUGUAACGCGCACUAUUGUGGGGCUGUCAUAUUUUGUAUUAGAACAAUGUCCUCCCCAGUGUCUCAGUUUCUACCACUUAGGGGCGUCCUGGUGCUCCGGCAUCACUGGGUUACAUACACAAAAUAUGACUUCUAUACACAUCAGAGCGGAGAGGUGAGAUGAGCUCGGUGACAGCAGUCAUGAAUGGCUUUUAAUCGUGUUUGGUUUCUUAUCGGGACAUAAUGCCGGCCAAGAUGUCUGACUACAGCUCGGUGCUAUCCAGAAUAUUCGGCGGUGCUGUUCAGUGAAGUAUGGAGGGUUCGUGUGGGACGACAUAUUAAACUUUUGACAAGGGAACUUUGUGUAGGUCAUUGCAUUGCUGAUUUAGUCAGUGCAACAUUGUAAAAUGGCAGAAUACAAGCUCCGAGUCCUGUCUUUACUGUAUUUAACUUUUAUUUAAUAAAGAAAACAAUUUUGAAAUAAAGUCUUAACCUGUU